GCCCGGGGGCCGCCAGCCAGCAUGGCGGCCGCCGCCUUUCCCUCCUCUUCCUCCUCCCCGCCGGCGCAGCAGCGGCCGGACAACACGGCCUUCACGCAGCAGCGCCUGCCGGCCUGGCAGCCUCUGUUGUCGGCGGGGACGGUGCUGCCGCUCUUCUUCUGCCUGGGCGUGGCCUUCGUGGCGCUGGGCCUGGGCCUCCACUUCUCCUCGGCCACCAUCCGCGAGCUGGAGCUGGACUACACGGGCCUGGGCGACUCCAGCUGCGCCCGCUGCGCCAACCUCAGCCUGCAGGCCCUCCACCCGCCCUGCACCUGCGAGCUGCGCUUUUCGCUGGCUGAGGCCUUUCCCGCCCCCGUCUGCCUCUACUACCAGCUCUCCAACUACUACCAAAACAACCGGCGCUACAGCGUCUCCCGCGACGACCAGCAGCUCAGUGGCCUCUCCUGGGCCCUCCGCGACCCUGCAGAGGAGUGCAAGCCCUACCGGCUGAAUGCCACCCACACCCCCAUCGCGCCCUGCGGCUCUGUGGCCAACAGCCUCUUCAACGACACCUUUGACCUCUUCUACGUGUUCAGUAAUGGCACCAAGGGCUUGGUGCCCAUGGACAAGAGGGGCAUCUCCUGGUGGACCGACACCAACAUCAAGUUUCACAACCCCGAGCCUGUCAAUGACAGCUUGGCGCUGGCCUUUGAGGGCACCACCAAGCCCCCUAAUUGGCCUGUCCCGGUCUAUGAGUUAGGCAGCGGCAACAACACGGGCUUUGUCAAUGAAGACUUCAUCGUCUGGAUGAGGACAGCUGCUUUGCCCACCUUCCGCAAGCUCUACUCGCGCAUCCGCCUGGCCAAUUUCACCAUGGGGUUGCCUCGUGGCAACUACUCUCUCCAUAUCACCUACAAUUACCCUGUCCUAUCUUUCUACGGCAGCAAGAAGGUCAUCUUCAGCACCCUUUCCUGGAUGGGGGGCAAAAAUCCUUUCCUGGGCAUCACCUUCCUGGUUUUUGGCUCAAUCUGCAUCCUCACUGGCUUUGUUAUGUUGGCAGUGCAUAUAAAAUACCAGCAUCUCAAUGAGAUGGAUUAGUAAACUCAGCAGUGACAACUCUCAGGGUUUGGGGAGGAAGCCUCAGGGACUGU